UGCGCUUUUUAGACUAGACAAAUGCGAAAACAACCCACAGCCGUACAAGUCACGGGAUAACCUUAUGCGUCUGAUGAAGCCGGGAGUGGAAUUGUACCAAAACUUGCGACAGUUAGUGAUUGACAAAAGAGCGCCGGAGUUUUAUGAUGAAAGCGAAGUUCCGUUUAAGUUAAGUAGCAAGUUUUUCAUCGAACUGAACGAGUCGCAGCGAAAUGUGAUAAGAAAAGUCGUUUAUUCGAAGGAUUACGCGCUUGUUUUAGGCAUGCCGGGAGGAGGAAAAACCACUGUUAUUGCGCACAUUAUAAAACAAUUGGCUUUUUCUGGGAAGAGCGUUUUGGUUGCUUCGUAUACCCAUACCGCAGUGGAUAACAUAUUGCUUAAACUUAUUGAACUCGGCGUUGAUUUUCUCCGGGUUGGCAGUACUGACAAUGUUCAUCCUUCCAUUAGCAAAUUUACUUCCCAGUCUUUAAGAGAAAGUUUAUGUACUCGUAUUGAACAACUGCGAGUCAUCACUCGGUUGAAACACUUGUAUAAAACAAAGUCUGUGGUGGCGUCCACGUGCUUUGGAAUCAACCAUCCUCUUCUUAUGAUGAGAACAUUUGAUUAUUGCAUAAUCGAUGAGGCUUCUCAGAUUACUCUACCAACCAUUCUUGGGCCUCUUUUAUGCUCCAGGAAGUUUGUGCUUGUUGGCGAUCAUAAUCAACUUCCUCCUUUAGUAAAAUGUUCCAAAGCAGCUCUAAUGGGGCUUCAGGAAACAUUGUUCAAGAUUCUUACGCAAGCGCAUCCCAGAAGUAUGACUGAACUUGUUUAUCAAUACCGCAUGAACUCAGAUAUUUCACUGAUUUCGAGUCAUUUAAUUUAUGACUAUCGUCUCAAGUGUGCCACCCCCUCUACCGCCGCCAAACACCUCGUGUUGAAAAUCCCUGUCUCUUUUGCAAAAAACGAAUGGAUCACUCCAAUACUGGAUUCAACAAGAAGCGUUAUAUUUCUCAACACCGAUAAAAUCUCUGACAACCUUGAAAGUUUCAAUGCUUGCGGCAUCCUAAACGUAUUUGAAAGUAAACUUGCUUCUUUUCUUGCAUUAGCUCUGAUCAAGUGCGGCGUAUCCGCAGGAAAUGUCGGUAUUAUUACUCCUUAUCACUCGCAGACUUUGCUAAUAAAGGAAAACUUAAUAAAAAGCGAGUUUUUAAGCACUCUGGAAGUUUUUACUAUUGACAAGUAUCAAGGAAAAGACAAGCUUGUAAUUAUUCUUUCCUUUGUGCGCUCCAAUUCUCUUUCUUUGGUUGGAAGUUUGCUGGAAGAUUCAAGGAGAUUAAAUGUAGCUUUUACUAGAGCCAAGGAAAAAUUUAUCAUGAUGGGCUCAAAGAAAACUCUACAGAGCUCAUUACUUUUAAGUAAAUUUUUCGAUCUAGCGAAGAACAAAAAUUGGAUUUAUGAUUUACCGGAAGAUGUUGAGACUGAAAUAAGAUAAGUUUUU